AUGGCAUCCAAGGCCUUCUUCGACCCGAUGGUGCUUUUCAGGGUUGCACCCCUGGUCUCGUCUACUUUCGCGCUUCGAUUUUCCGUCGACCAAUACAGCUUCCUCAACGUCCUUUUGGCACAGGAGCACCGCGAAGAUGCCAAGCACAUAAUCCCCUCCUAUUUUAGAAUAUUUUUCCGAAACGGCAUUUGGCACAUUGGUGUUUUGUAUGGUGUCAGUUUCGGCUGCGGCAUCGCGAACUUCUUCAGCAAACCCAACGCCGCCUGGAAGUGGUAUGCCGCGGGUACAGCGCUCACGCUUGCCCACAUGGCAUUUGCACCCAAGAUCAUGUGGUCAAUUAAGGACCUUUAUGACGACGAACCGAAGGGCCAGGGGGACAAGCAUUUGAAGAAGUGGCUGGAUAUCCACGUCAUUAGAUCAGUGCUGGCAGACUUCCCGGCGUGGAUUUGCUUCGGCAUCGCUUGCUUGAAAUCGUUCCAGCCUCUAUGA